CAGCAGAGUGCGCUUGUCAUCCCCUCCCUCUCGGGCUUCCCAGACAUUGAGUCUGGAAUGAAAAUUCACCUGCCUCUGAGUUGGCCACUAGUGGGGGUGGUGGGUGUUACUUGUGUUCCCAGGUUGGAAGAUUAUCUCACCCUGCCCAAGCUAUUUAAGCUGACGGGUGUGGAGAGGCUCAGCAGGGCCAACUCCAGGGGCUCAUUCCACAGGAGAGAGACAACGCAGACCCCUGCCACCAACAUGAUGGUACUGAAAGUAGAGGAACUGGUCACAGGAAAGAAGAAUAACAAUGGGGAGGCAGGGGUAUUCCUUCCAGAGGAUUUCAGAGAUGGAGAAUAUGAAGCUGCUGUCACUUUGGAAAAGCAAGAAGAUCUAAAGACACUUCCAGCCCACCAUGUGAACGUCGGGGAGCAACAGUGGAUAAGUGAGAAACAGCGAGAGGCAGAGCUCAAAAAGAAAAAACUAGAACAAAGAUCAAAGCUUGAAAAUUUAGAAGACCUUGAACUAAUCAUUCAACUGAAAAAAAGGAAAAAAUACAGGAAAACUAAAGUUCCAGUUGUGAAGGAACCGGAACCUGAAAUCAUUACAGAACCUGUGGAUGUGCCUAGGUUUCUGAAGGCUGCUCUGGAGAAUAAACUGCCAGUAGUAGAAAAAUUCUUGUCAGACAAGAACAAUCCAGAUGUCUGUGAUGAGUAUAAACGGACAGCUCUUCACAGAGCAUGCUUGGAAGGACAUUUAGCAAUUGUGAAGAAGUUAAUGGAAGCUGGAGCCCAGAUUGAAUUCCGUGAUAUGCUCGAAUCCACAGCCAUCCAUUGGGCAUGCCGUGGGGGGAAUUUGGAUGUCUUAAAAUUGCUGCUGAACAAAGGCGCAAAAAUCAGCGCACGAGAUAAGCUGCUCAGUACAGCACUGCACGUGGCGGUGAGGACCGGUCACUAUGAGUGCGCUGAGCACCUCAUUGCCUGUGAGGCGGACCUCAAUGCCAAAGACAGAGAGGGAGAUACCCCACUGCACGACGCCGUGAGACUGAAUCGUUACAAGAUGAUCAGACUCCUCAUUAUGUAUGGCGCAGACCUCAACAUCAAGAACUGUGCUGGGAAGACCCCGAUGGAUUUGGUGCUACACUGGCAGAAUGGAACCAAAGCAAUAUUUGACAGCCUCAAGGAAAACUCCUACAAAAGCUCUCGUAUAGCUACAUUUUAAGAGAACCGAGACUCUUCAUCAGUAGCUGUUCACUUUUUUUUUUUUUUUAUUUUGAAGGCGUAGCCCAAAAGAAGAGUAACUAGCCAUAAGAUCCAGCUUGUUUGUCAACUUGUUAGGAAGACAUACCUAAGGAAGUUUCAAGAAACCCCAGGGAUAUUAUACCUAUUUAAAUUAAUAUUAGUGAAACUCACUGUUUUAUUUAUUUAUUGACUUCAAUGCUUAUUUAUUUAUUAACUUCAAUGGCACGGUUAUUCUGACUUUCAUGAGCAUCAUUUGUUGGGCAAAACUUAAUUUGUGCAUAACACUGUCAGAGCCUUUCCAUAGAUGGUUCUUAAACCAUGCAAAGGUACAAUGUUCUAAGUGCCAGCUUAUUAUAUGUCCUCACUCAUGCUGAUAGUUUAAGGUAUUUUUUAAAGGACAAGGGUGAUUAUCGCAGGCCUCUUUUCUUCUGGAGUUUUAAUGCUGAUGUUUGGGUGAAGCAAUGGAAGGCAUGUAGUAACAGGAAAGGAAACAAGAGCAUGAAAGCAAUUCAGUACAAAAGACAGUAAAGCCAGCCAUUUCACCCCGGGCCUGGUUGUUGUUGCAGUUUUAACCAAGUCACACAGUG